UAGACUGGGGCUAUGGUCGGUGGUGUUUUGCCGGCGGUGGUGUGUCCGCUUACACCUCUUCCCGCUAACCUCAUAGUGGGCGAGAACUGCAUUUCCCAGCAUGCCCCUCCCUUUCCUCUGUGUUGUGUGGGGCAGAUCGUGGUAGAGAGUUUGACGGGGUGGUCUGGCUUGUGAUGCCAUUCAGGGUUUGUUUGUUUCCUGCAGACAUGUGAACCGGGAAGCCUGUGAAUGAAAUGCUUCCACAAUAGUUUAGUGGCCAUUUUUUAAAACAUGUAUUUGUAUUUAUUCAUGUAUUUUUCAGGAAGCAGUGACUAUGCCCCAAUUGUUCGCUGAAUUUCAUCUGAAUAUUUCAUGGACAAACUCCUAAAAAGGUUGCGCCGUGGUUCUCUUUUAUUCCCUCUGCCAUUCAAGGCAGGCCAAUGAAGCAUUUUACUCCCAUGUAUUUCUGUGUUUGUGGAAUUAAGAGACGGUUUGAUAAUGUCUUGUUUUAUUGUAUUACCUGCGCUAGAAGCUCCGCCCCACAUCACCCUUAAGAAUGGGGCCAAUAGCGUGGUAUUUACAACACUAGCGACUGCACUGUGUCCACUGUGUUAUUUCAUUGUGUUGUCCUACAGAGCUGUUCGACUCUGUCGUGUUUACUCAGGUCAACUCUGAAUUGGGCUCCCUGUGUAUAAAGUCAGCCUCUAGACUAUUCAAAGCCUGUGUGUAAUCCAGAGUUCACCGCGUAGAACCCCCGGCGAAUUAUCCCUUUUUUCUCCUCUUUGCCACUUCUCCCUCUAAUCGUUUCUCCCCCUAAUUCCAUUACCUAAUGUUCAGCUCACAGAGAGAGAAAGGGGUUUUCAGUCCUGCUGAAUUUACUUUAGCAUGUGCUAGCUAGCUCCCUGAUGACAGGAACGCAUUAGGAGUGCAGCGUUCAGAGCAGGAAGAGAGGAUGACAGGUUGUAAAGAGAGACGUCCUUCAUUGUUUCUGGAGCAUGCCAACUUCUAGCCCACCGCUGCCGUCCGAUUGGCUCAGCUGAGACUGAGACGUAAAACUCUUCCGAGGAUCGUUUGAAUCCAGCCCCCCUGGAUUCACCCCAGCUCUGAGGAUGUGUACAACCGCCCUUCCCAACAAUGCAACCUGCUACUCUCUUUCACCGCUCUAACAUCUCUCCGUUUCCGACACUAGCUCUCUCUCUCUCUCUUCACUUUCCAUCAUCCUCUACCUGUCCCCCGCUCUUUCCCUCUAUCUGCUUUUGCUCCAACCUCCUCUCUCCCCAUGCUUUCUCUGUCCGUCUCCCCUUUCCCCAGCUCUCCCUCUCGAUCGUUGUUUCUGUUUAUGUCUUCAUCAUGUCCGCUGUCUCAUAUUGAUUCAUAGUUGGUUGACCUGUACCUUUUGUUAGUCCAUCAUUCUUUUGUUAGCAUUAGAUAUGUCUGUGUCCUCUCUGUUAUUCCCUGCUCUGCCAGCUGUAGUUCACUUAGCUUCUGUUAUGUGUCACCAUGUGUCUGGAGGACCAGUGUUUCAGACAUUCUACCUGUCUACAAUGCAUUGUUUAUUCCUACUCCGGCCUUUGUCUCAGCACUCUCUCAGCCUUCGCCGGUGCCUGAGGAGAACUGGUGUCGUUCCAAAGCCUUGUUCUCACUGCCUGGUUACGUGUUUAGUUGGGAGAGAGGGUGCUUCCCGGCCGUAACUCCUAUAGCCUGUCCUCUCGCCAUGUACCACUCCAGACCCAGGCUCCUGCAGCACUCUUCCCAACGGACUAAACUGGUCAGAUUGUCAGAUGAGCGUGAGGCGGUCCAGAAGAAGACCUUCACCAAAUGGGUCAACUCCAUCCUGUCGCGAGUCAACUGCCGUAUCUCUGACCUGUAUCUGGACCUGAGGGAUGGACGCAUGCUCAUCAAACUCCUGGAGGUCCUCUCUGGAGAGAAACUGCCGAAGCCCACCAAGGGCCGGAUGCGUAUCCAUUGUCUGGAGAACGUGGACAAGGCCCUGCAGUUCCUCAAGGAGCAGAGGGUCCACCUGGAGAACAUGGGAUCCCACGAUAUCGUGGAUGGUAACCACCGCCUCAUUCUGGGCCUUAUCUGGACCAUCAUUCUCAGGUUCCAGAUCCAAGACAUCGUGGUGGAGAUGGGGCAGGCCGACGGGACCCAGCGGGACAGCCGCACGGCCAAGGAUGCUCUGCUGCUCUGGUGCCAGAUGAAGACUGCCGGGUAUCCCAAUGUAAACAUCACCAACUUCACUACCAGCUGGAAAGAUGGCAUGGCGUUUAAUGCUCUCAUUCAUAAGCAUAGGCCAGACCUGGUGGAUUAUGGUGGUCUGAAGAGGUCCAACCCAUCCCAUAACCUGCAUAAUGCCUUUACAGUAGCAGAGCAGAAGCUUGGAGUGACUAAACUGUUAGACCCUGAAGAUGUGUUCACAGAGAACCCUGAUGAGAAGUCCAUCAUCACAUAUGUGGUAGCAUUCUACCACUACUUCUCUAAGAUGAAGGCUCUUGCGGUGGAGGGAAAGAGAGUUGGCAAGGUACUAGACCAUGCUAUAGAGACAGAGAAGAUGAUUAACAAGUACGAGACCCUGUCCUCAGAUCUGCUGACGUGGAUAGAGCAGACCAUCAUCAUCCUGAACAAUCGUAAACUGGCCAACUCUCUGAACGGGGUCCAGCAACAGCUUCAAGCUUUCAACUCCUACCGCACCGUGGAAAAGCCACCCAAGUUCCAGGAGAAAGGUAACUUGGAGGUCCUACUGUUCACCAUCCAGAGCCGUAUGAGGGCCAAUAACCAAAGAGUGUACACCCCCAGAGAGGGUGCCCUAGUGGCAGAUAUUAACAGGGCUUGGGAGCGCCUGGAACGAGCAGAGCAUGAGAGGGAGAUUGUCCUGAGAGACGAGCUCAUUCGUCAGGAGAAGCUGGAGCAAAUGGCCCGACGAUUCGACAGGAAGGCUUCCAUGAGAGAGACCUGGCUACUGGAGAACCAGAGAUUAGUUGCACAGGACAAUUUUGGCUACGACCUGCCAGCGGUGGAAGCAGCCAAGAAGAAGCACGAUGCCAUCGAGACAGACAUCGCUGCUUACGAGGAGCGUGUCCAGGGCGUCGUGGCUAUCUCUAAAGAGCUGGAGUCUGAGCGCUACCACGAUGCCAAGCGCAUAAACGUGCGUAAGGACAACAUCCUGAGGCUUUGGGAUUACCUGCAGGAAUUACUGAAGGCUCGCAGAGUGCGUCUGGACAAGAACCUCACCCUGCAGAGGAUCUUCCAGGAGAUGUUGUACAUCAUCAACUGGAUGGACGACAUGAAGGCUCGACUGCUGUCCCCUGACUUUGGGAAGCACCUGUUGGAGGUGGAGGACCUGCUCCAGAAGCAUGCUCUGGUGGAGGCCGACAUUGCGUUGCAGGCAGAAAGAGUUCACAGUGCCAAUGCAGCUGCUCUCAAAUUUGCUAAUGGAGACAGCUACAAGCCCUGUGACCCUCAGGUGAUUAAGGACCGGGUGCAGCACUUGGACCUGUGUUACCUGGAGCUGAGCUCCCUGGCAGCCCAGCGCCGCGCACGUCUCCAGCAGUCCAGGCGUCUCUGGAACUUCUUCUGGGAGACGGCGGAACUGGAAAGCUGGAUCAAGGAGAAGGAGCACAUCUUCUCCUCGCUGGAUUACGGCAAGGACCUGACCAGUGUGCUGGUCCUGCAGAGCAAACACAGUGCCUUUGAGGAUGAGCUGGACGCCCGCCGUGCCCACCUGCAGGAGGUCAUGGGGGAGGGGGACAACAUCAUGAAGGCGGGACACUUUGGAGCGACGCAGGUCGGGGAUCGCAUGGAGGAUGUGAGGCGUCAGUGGCGUCAGCUAGAGGACCUGGCAGCAUUUCGGAGGCAGAACCUUCAGGACAGCCAGAAGUUCUUCCAGUUCCAGGGAGAUGCUGAUGACCUGAAGGCCUGGCUCCUGGAUGCCAAGAGGCAGAUGGCCAAUGAUGAUGUGGGCCACGAUGAGUACACCACCCAGAGGCUGUUGAAGAAACACAGAGACUUAAGGGACGAUGUCGUCAAGAACGGAGCCACCAUCGAUGCUCUGACCAAACAGGCGUCAGCACUGCCCGAGGAGCUGCGAAACACUCCAGACAUCCAGAGACGUCUGAAGGACAUCAGAGACCUUUACAUGGACCUGAUAUCCCUUUCUGACCUGCGUCAGAAGAAACUGGACGAUGCCAUGGCCCUCUACACCAUCUUCAGUGAGACCGAUGCCUGCGAGCUGUGGAUGGGCCAGAAGGAGACCUGGUUGGUAGACCUGGAUGUGCCAGAAAAUCUGGAGGAUCUGGAGGUGGUACAGAACAGGUUAAGUAUUCUUUCUUCAGACAUGGCUAAUGUCCAGUCACGGGUUGAUGAUGUCAACAAAGCAGUGAAGCAGCUGGAGGAUAGCAGACACCCACGUACCAAAGAUGUGAAAGAAUGCCAGAUGAGACUGAAUAUGAGGUGGAAGGCCUUUAAGGACUUGGUUGAGGACAAGAAGCGGAAAGUGGACUCUGCUCUCAGCUACCACAACUAUGGACUGGAGUGUGAGGAGACAGAGGCCUGGAUCCGAGAAAAAACUUGUAUCAUUGAGUCCACUCAGGACCUGGGCAAUGAUCUGAACGCCGUCAUGACCAUCCAGAGGAAACUCUUUGGUAUGGAGCGUGACCUGGCUGCCAUCGAAGACAAGCUGACCUUCCUGAGGAGUGAGGCUGACCAGCUGGCCAUGGACCACCCAGACAACGCUGCAGAUAUCAAGGCUAGAAGAGCCCAGCUGGAUGCAGCCUGGGACAACCUGAAGGCCACACUGAAAGACCGGGAGGAUUCCUUGGGAGAGGUGUCCAAGCUGCAGACCUUCCUGCAGGACAUGGAUAACUUCCAGACCUGGCUCUUCAGGACCCAGAAGGCUGUGGCGUCUGAGGACAUGCCUGAGACCCUGCCCCAAGCAGAGCAGCUGUUGAGCCUCCACAAUGCCUUGCAGGAUGAAAUGGAUGUCCAUGAGGAGGACUACCACAAGGUGAGGAACACGGGUGUCUCGGUGACCCAGGGCCAGCUCCACGACCCUCAGUACCAGGAGCUGGACAAAAGCCUGAAGGGGCUUGACCGUGGCUGGGAUGAGCUCCACAGGAUGUGGGACAGAAGGAAAGGCUUCCUGGACCAGGGCCUGGGUUUCCAACAGUUCAUGAGAGAUGCCAAGCAGGUGGAGACCAUUCUCAACAAUCAGGAGUACACACUGGCCCGCACGGGCAAGCCUGACACCCUGGACGGUGCCGUACAAGCUCUGAAGAAGCACGAGGACUUUGUCUCCACCAUGGACGCCAACAUGGAGAAAAUCUCCAGCACGCUAGAGGAAGGACAGAGAUUGGUCGACAGUAGAAACCCCCAUUACCUUAGGGUGCAAGACAAGAUGGACUCCAUCCAUGAAAGGUACCAGAAGAACAGAGCCAAAGCCAACGAGGUCACCGGGAUCCUUGAGGAUAACAGGGAUCUUCAACAUUUCCUGCAAAACACUCAGGAUCUGACUCUGUGGAUCAACGAGAAGAUGUUGACGGCUCAGGAUGUGUCCUAUGGUGGGGACAGGAACCUCCACACCAAGUGGAAGAAACAUCAGGCCUUCAUGGCUGAGCUAGCCUCCAACAAAGACUGGCUCCACAAAAUAGACCAGGAAGGUCGGGAACUGAUGGAUGCCAAGCCCGAGUUUGAGCCCAUUGUGAAGGAGCGUCUCGACAAGCUUCAUGAGCUAUGGGACAAGCUGGAGUCCACUGCUGAGGAUAAAGCCCGCCUCCUGUUCGAAGCAAACCGCUCUGAGCUGUUUGACCAGAGUCUGAACGACAUUAAGAAGUGGCUGGCUGAACUGCAGAAGGAGUUACAGGGAGACGAUGAGGUCAAGGACCUCACCAAUGCCAAUAUUCUGCUCAAGAAGCACCAGCAAACAGAGAACCAGGUGCGUGACCGUGCGCGGGAGCUGGAGGACCUACAGGAGGCUGUCCAGAAACAUGGAGGCUUAGUCGGGAGCAGAGAGGAACAGCCCGAGCUGGAGGCUGAGCAGCAAGCCAUCCAGAGGACCUUUGAGCAGCUCCUCACCCCCCUGGCCCAGCGCAGGGGCAAGCUGGAGGCAGCGAAGGCUGUGCACCAGUUCUACAGGGACCUGGCCGAUGAGAUCCUCUGGGUAGAGGAGAGGUUGCCCCUUGCGAUGUCAGACGAACAUGGCAACAAUCUCCAGGCAGUCCAGCUGCUGUUGAAGAAAAACCAGACGUUACAGAAGGAGAUUGAGGGCCACCAGCCACGUGUGGAUGAGGUGUUGGAGCGAGGCCGGAGGAUGGCCUCAGCCGCAGCAGAGGAGGGCGGGCCGGAGUCUCAGCGUAUCGGAGAGCAGGUGAAGGAGCUGGAGGAGGUGUGGUCUCGGCUGCAGGAUGAGAUGGCCAAGCGAAGGGACAGGCUAAACGGAUCUAACCUGGCGCAGCAGUACUACAACGAUGCUGAUGAGGCCGAGGCCUGGAUAGGAGAACAGGAGCUCUACAUGAUCCCUGAUGAAAAAGCCAAGGACGAGCGGGCUGCCAUGCUGAUGCUGAAGCGUCACCUGAUCGCCAAGCAGGCUGUCGAUGACUACUCAGACACCAUCCAGAAGCUGGCUGACCGCGCACACAAGAUGCUGAAUGAGGACCACCCUGAUGGUGAGUCAGUCAUCCGUCGUCAGGGCCAGGUCGACAAACAAUACGCUGGUCUGAAGGACCUGGCGGAGGACCGCAGGAGGAGGUUGGAUCACGUCUACCAUCACUUCCUGCUUAGCCGAGAGGUGGAGGACCUGGAGCAGUGGAUAGCCGAGAAGGACAAGACGGCCUCCUCACAGGAGAUGGGACAGGACCUUGACCAAGUCACGAGCCUGAGGGACAGGUUCCGUGACUUUGGCCGGGAGACAGGGAUGCGGGGCCAGGAGCGUGUGGACUUUGUGAACCAGACGAUAGACGAGCUGAUCGAGGCUGGCCACACGGAGGCUGCAGCCAUGGCCGAGUGGAAGGACAGCGUCAACGAGAGCUGGGCUGACCUGCUGGAACUCAUAGACACCCGCACUCAACUCCUACAGGCGUCAUACGACCUGCUCAAGUACUUUGAGGAUGGGAAAGAACUAGUGUCUCAGAUCCAUGAGAAACAGAAGGAGAUUCCUGCUGACCUGGGAGAAGACUUCAGCAAGGCAGACACCUUCCACCGCAUGCACGCCGCCUUUGAGAGGGAUAUCAGCUCUCUGGGAAAGCAGGUGCAGCAGUUCCAGGAGACAGCAACCCGUCUCCAUGCCCAGUACGCUGGGGACAAGGCUGUUGAGAUCCAGGCGCAGGAGAAGGGGGUGGUGGAGGCCUGGAAGGCAUUGUUGGAUGCCUGUGACGGACGCAGAAAAAGCCUUGAGGAGACCGCUGACAAGUUCCGCUUCUUCACCAUGGUCCGGGACCUCAUGGCUUGGAUGGAGAGCACCAUAAAACAGAUAGAGACACAGGAGAAACCACGGGAUGUGUCAUCAGUAGAACUGCUGAUGAAGUACCACCAGGGAAUCAGAUCUGAGAUCGACCAGCGUGGGCCCAAGUUCUCUGACUGUGUGGAGCACGGCAAAGCUCUGCUGGCGCGCAAACACAAGGACUUUGCUGAGAUCAAAGAGAGGCUGAUGCAACUGGUGGAGAAGAAGAAGGAGAUGAUGACCAAGUGGGAUGACCGGUGGGACUGGCUUAGGCUCUUGUUGGAGGUGUGCCAGUUUGCCCGUGAUGCCUCGGUGGCAGAAGCAUGGCUGGUGGCUCAAGAGCCGUACGUGGUCAGCAAGGACCUGGGACAGACGGUAGAUGAGGUGGAGAAGCUACUGAAGAGACACGAGGCAUUCGAAAAGUCCACCGCCACCUGGGAGGAGCGCUUCUCGGCGCUCGAAAGACUCACCACGUUGGAGCUUUUGGAGUUAAGGAAACAGCAGCAGGAGAUGCAGCAGUUUAUAGCAGAGGAGCAGCAGCGUUCCAAGAUGGAGAGCAGGAGAGAGGACACCGGGUUUGGCGAAGACUCUUCUCAGCUCUACACUAUUGAAGAGCAGUCGCUGUCAGCCUCUGGGGCCGUGGUGGAGCCCAGUUCAGGUCAGCUGGAGGGGACUGCGGGUGACUCCACCAUGCCCAUGGUCUCUGAGAUGCAGGACGCUGACCUGCAUGAGGCUGGCUCUCUGGAGCUGCUGGAUGUUUCCGUGUCAGGACACAUCCCCAGAGAGGGGGAGCACAGGGCCACCACCCUGCCUGUGGAAACCCUCAGCGCUAAGGCUGUGUUGCAGGAGGGCAUGUUGGGACGGAAACACGACCUGGAGGCCACUGGGAAGAAAGCUUCUAACAGAUCCUGGAAUAAUCUGUACUGUGUGCUGAAACCUGGCCAGUUCUCCGUCUAUAAAGACGCCAAGAGCUUUGGCCACGGCUCCACUUACCAUGGAGAGGACCCUCUGCUAAUCAGCAACGCCGUAUGGGAAGUCCUGACCAACUACAAGAAGAAAAAGCACGUAUUUAAACUGAGGCUUGAAGAUGGUAGUGAAUAUCUGUUCCAGUGUAAAGACGAGGAUGAGCUGGGUCGUUGGAGCCAGGCAAUGGUGAAGGCUGUGAAGCCCGUGGCCCUGGAAGAGGCAGGGCCCUCAGGGGCCCGGGCCCGCAGCCUGCCCCCUCCCUCCUCCUCCACCACCCUCGCCACUCCAGAGCCGGCGAAAGACAAGAAAGACAAGGAGAAGAAGGGCUUCAGUCGGUUCGCUAAGAAGAAGUGAGAAGCGUCUGACCUGACACAUUGACUGAUCUUGUUACAGUCCGACUAACUUGUGGUUGCAUUUAACAGCAAUUUAGUUUGCCUAAAAUGCAACCCACUGACUGACUGACAGUACCCAGAAAAGAUUUGCAGAAGUUGUAGUGUACAUUAAGUGGUGUAAAAUCAGUAAUAUAUAGAUUUGUAUCACGUUAAAAUAUUUUCUUUUUUACCUUCCGAUAGAUAUUGUAGUUGCUGGAUUAAAACCUCUGAUCACUCUAAUGCCUGUAUUUAAGCCUGUGUACCACUGCAAUGGUCCACCUAUCUUUUUCCCUUCAACAAAUUAUGCUAAAUUCAAAUAGCUAAAUAAAAGCACAGGAAUGCUCUUUUCACACUCAACCAAAGAAUGUAAAAUUCUUCUUUAUUAAAAUUGUAUGUGAACUUUGCUUUAGAUGAAAGCAUGCUUUGACAAAUGUAUCAUAUGUAUUACGAAACAUUAUCACUCGUAAGAGUACUUGUUCAUUAAUCUGCCUUAUAUUCCCAUAAAAAUGGUUGCCAAUUGUUAUACUGUGCUGCUUGAAUUUGGAGCUCGUAUACCAUAGACUUAUAGACUCAUCUGGAUUAGGUAGAAGAUUUUAACGAGCUUUGUAAAUGCUGUUUUAACAAGUGAAUAGUAAUGCCUGAAAGAGGGUGAGACAGUGCUGUGCAGGGCUUGCAUGUCAAGCACAACUGCAAGUAUGCAAACUCAUUGUCCUAAGCACUGUGAAGGCAAAAUAAGAGUUGCCAAACAAUUCUACAACAGUUAGAACUGUUUUAGCGAAUAUGAUUAAAUUAUUGACGAGCGAUUUUGACAACAAAAAAUGACUUUUACAUAUGUUUGACAAAUUUGAAAUAACCUGACACUUGUUUGCGCGUCAAAUUUUGAAUUUCAUAUUUAUUCAUAUAUAUCUAUAUAAGAAUGCAUGGAUUAUACUAUAUUUAUUUAAUAUGGUGCUAUAUUGAUUUUCUUACACUUUCAGUUUAGACCAACAUGGCCUGUCCUACUUAUCCUUACUUCAGAAUGCAGUUAUAUGCAAUUAAUUAUUUCCAUCACAUUUUGGUUUUACUCAGACAUGUUAAAAAAACUAUAAUCAGAAACCCUUUUUUUUAUGCAAAGAUCAACAAAAACUUGUGGAUCAUACCAAUCUAUAAUGCCUUUCCAAAACGUACACACUAUUAAAAUGCAUUAUGGAAGAAUGUGUCAAAAAUGAAUGUAUGGAAAUACAGGAAGCACUGAAGACAGGUAGAAAAGAGGAUUUGCCAUGGAAAAAAAGAAAAAUGGAUUUCAUUUGAAAUUGACCUUCAGAAUAUGUAUUUUUUGACUGAAAUGGUCAGUUAUUUUGAAAGAUGUAUUCUGGGAUUUUCGGCCACUGGUUGUAAAAGUGGUGUUGUCGAGCCGUAACUGGCCCCUGAAAAUUGUGUACCAUAUCAUACAGAUUUUGCCAGCAUGUGCCCCAUGUUAUCAAUACCACUCGCUUUCAAACUUGGAAUUUCAUGUCUGUGAUUACAGAUUCUGCCCUUACAAACCACACAUUACACAUACAGCCCAAAAUGGAGAUAAGACAAAAUAGUUGGCUAUUCACAAGUCCCAGACUCUAAGUUUCCAUUCCCAAAUAUUUUUCUUUCAUAUAUAUGUACAGGAAACAAAGGUACAGUAUCAUGGAACUGCAUUUAUGCUAGUAAAUAUAAUAAUACAUUUGACUACUGAGGACUGACAGUGCAAAACUGUGUACUUUGUUUUUCCAAUGUUCCAGAUAUCUACAUUUCUCACUGCAGUGGUUUGUGGCAAUUACUUUUCAAUUGAGUAAAUUCAGGAACACCAAUUUAUCUGAAUUUAAGUUUUCUUCCUGAACUGAAAUGGAACUGACCCAACACCUCCACAUUACAGUCCCUCCAGAGGUGUCCUUUAACCUUUACUCAUCAUACCUGUAGCCUCAUACUAACUCACUGUCCUUAUCUUCCACUCCUGCCUAGCAUUUGUUAAUCAGCAUUUUCUACUCUCUAGUAACUCUGUUAAAUAUCCCAAAAUGUUAACAGAAAAUGUUGAAUACAUUUUGAGGUAACUUGAAAAUAAACAGAUAAAUCUAGAAUUUGGAGUUACUGUGCUCUGGCAUUGCUGUCUCAUACACAUUUGUUUUUCUAUCUUUUUGGGAACCAUAGAAAGAAUCUGGAAAAUCCAUAUCCUAUCCACUUACCUCAAUAACUACACUGUUAUUCCUAAACUUAAAACAAUGUAAAAACAAUUAUAAGCUUUAACCUAAACCUGACUCUAAACCUGGAAGUAGCCUUUGUGUGCUAAUGGGAACAGACAAAAAAAAAA